GGGCCUUACCUCUAUCCAUCAUGAGGACACUAACAGCGACGUAUUAACCCAAACCCAGAGAGCACAGCUACCGAUCCUUAAUCCUCCUGCAGAUAAACACCCUAUCAACGCAAAUCCCCAGCUCUUCCAACCUCUCCUCUCCCUCCCCAUCAGCGCACAGAUCUAUCGAUCACUACGGUUCCAUCUCGCACCCAACUAGGCCUCCGAUUAUUCCGAUCGCCAGCGGAUCAGAUUUAUGCAGUCUUACUGCCGCCAGCUCCAGCCAUGCCGCGGGGCAGCAGCUUGGACCAGAGCCUGAGCGACGAGGAGCGGUCGGCAGGUACUGGGGCGGUUUGGGUCCGGCGUCGCCGGCAAUGUCCGGGAUGUCCGACUCCGCGGGCGGCGGGCGUGCGGGCGCAGAGCUGAUGGUGGAGCAGUUCCACCUCAAGGUGCUCCACGCCGUGCGCACGCCGCGCCCGCUCGCCGCCGCCGCCGCUGCCGCGUCGUCGUCGUCGUCGUUCAGGCGGAGGGACAGGUGGUUCCAUCUCCCGCUCCACGACCCGCCGCCGCCCGAGGCGGCCGGUCGCCUCGACGAGCUGGCCCCCGGGCAGCCGCGUGUGGUGGACGUCCUCCUGUGUCCUGCCACCGCCAGUGGUGUGGGAGACCGAGGGGAGGUGGUGGAGAGGUGGACCGUGGCGUGCGAGCCCUGGCCAGACGCCGCGAGCGGCGAGGAGGUUGCCGUGAACCGGGCGUACAAGCACUGCUUCACGCUGCUCAGGUCCGUUUACGCCGCGCUCCGCGUCCUCCCGGCCUACCGCGUCUUCCGCCUCCUCUGCGCCAACGCCUCCUACAACUAUGAGAUGGGACACCACGUUGACACCUUCGCCGAGCCCUUCUCGCGCCCUCAGGAGGCCGCCAUGCGUUCCCAACGCUUCGUUCCCGUCGAAACCCAGCUCGGUCGCCUCGUCGUUUCCGUCCACUAUCUCCCCAGCCUCGCCGGCGUCGCCGCCUUCAACCUCGAGAUCACCCCCCUUUCGCCCUCCAUGAUAAUCCCAGACUACGUCGGCAGCCCAGCCGCUGAGCCCAUGCGCACCUUCCCGGCCUCGCUUACAGAAGCCACGGGCUCCGGCUUCCCACCGUCCUAUGAGCAGCAGCGUCCACACAGCUGGGCUUCACCUGCGUUCUGGCCGCACACGCCGGCACACCAGGCCAGGUUCUCGCCACCUCCAGUGUUUUAUGCGUCACCGACGCCAUCGCCUCCCCACUUUCCGCCCGGUCUCAUGAGGUGGGAGUCUGCGCCAAUGCCCAUACCACAGGUGAGCGAGAGGAGGAGCCCCGCACACCUCCAGAAUAUGCUGCCACCGCCUUCGCCGAGAAGAGCAGACACGGGGGCAGCAGGUGCUCUAGAGUUUCCAUCUGAGAGUGGCCGGUUGAUUGGGAGGAUGGAGGAACUUCGGCUAGCUGAUCUACAUGCGACCUCGUCACCCAGACACAAGGGCAAGGACAAUAAAGAUGAAUCUGGCAGAUUCUCUGCACUCUCCUCAUGUGAUUCACCACGGCAAGAUGAUCUGGAUGAUGUGGAUUACCAUUUUGAUGUUGAUGAUGUUGAUACCCCAGUCUCUCAACCUCGACACAUAAUUGAUCUUGUCAAAAUUCUGCACAUGAUGAGAUUGGUGUUACUACGAGGAUUUAAAACCUUGGCAUGAAAAAGGAGCACUAGCGGGAAGGAAACAGGUGAUCAGGUUGGUUCAUUGCCCCACAAAUCUCAAGACGCACAGGUCGGUUAUCUAGUCAACCUGCUGAGAAACGCCCGCCCGCUGCGAAAUCCUAGCAAUCCAUCACAAACACCAAGGGCUCAGUCCACCAGAGUAACCUCAGCAAGCUCGGUCACCACAUCUGACGCGCUGGAGGUGCUCCAGUCCUUCAAAGAGACAAGGGAGCGACUGCUGUCCCGGAGCAGCGCAAAACAUCAAGAGCCACCGGGAAAGCCAUAGGCCCAUUCUUUGCUUUGUUUCUCUUAACGUGAUCGCUGGUAGACCCCCAACCAACCGCGAAACGGGAUGCACAAUGAGCUAAGCGGACUAUAGCUGCUGUGUUCAUGUACAUAUGACUGCCGAAGUUGAUGCCUUUGGUUGGAGAGAAGGCACCGGUUUCCAUUUAUUCCAGCGGAAGGAUCACUCGUCGUUCUUAAGAGUGAUGCCGCUGUUGAUACCCCCUUUUUUUGUAUAUGGGAAGUGAAACCGAUACACGUAGGUGGGAGCGAGGGAGCCUGUGAACUGUGAUAGAUGAAAGCAGGGCGUGUGUGUGUGCUGUGUGUGUAAAUUAUGUAACUGCUGGGAAUCAAAUGUUUCAUUGGACAUCAAGCUUUGAUCUGGGAAGUUGUGGAUUGGCGAACUGCAGGCUGUAGUUGGAAAAGGAACUCUCGGUUGAAUUGAGAGUUCCAAAUUAUAAUUGAAACAUAGUAUAUGUA